CCGGGUUUGCAUGGCCCGCUGCGCCCGGCACAAGCCCUCCAAUGACUGAUGCUAAACACUGUGAGUGUUUUUUUGUCAAUAUUAGCGGGACUACUUGGGAGGAAGUUUAUAAUUGGACACGUGUUUUCUCCGCUUUUUGUCGUCCGGAGAUCAACUGAUUCCUUUGUAAUGCGUUUUUAAAGCAAUGAACGAUCCACAAGGAGGGGUAAAGUGUUCUUAAGAGCCCCCUUUCAACCCUUAGAAUUGGCUAGAGCAACCCGCCGAGAAACAUGGAGGCCCUGGAAGUAUUUAAUCCAGGAGAUGUGCCCAUGAGGCUGUCACACAGCAGAGAUCCAGACACGUGCAGGUAGGCAGUUACCAGUUUAAUAACGGAAACCUGCGCGCUGUUGUUGUCUGCCUCCAGAGACUUCAUCCAUCACUCCUGUUACAUUUUGCUUUUUCAAAAUAUGGAGGACAUACUUUUUGAUUUCGACCAGGAUGGCACCACAGACUUUGCAUUUUGGGGACAGAUGGACCAAAACUUUCAGCUUCAAACCCAGCUGGACACCUUCCUGCUGGACUACACAGCAGCCACAGGCCAGCUCUCACCCUGGUCCUCUUUUGGCAGCCAGUCCAUGUUCCCGGACGCACAGCUGACCUUUACCGACCUCGACGUGCAGUCUCCGGGUGCUGGCGUCUGCGCUGAAGGCGAAAGCUCCUCCGUGGAUGAACCACUGGAGGUUACCAAGCGCAGGGCGCGGCGGCUGGUGACCCAUCACCCCUACAAGGUGCAGCGGCAUGCCGCCAACAUCCGGGAGAGGAAGAGGAUGCUGAGCAUCAAUUCAGCCUUCGAGGAGCUGCGAUGUCACGUACCAACGUUUCCCUACGAGAAAAGGCUGUCAAAGAUAGACACGUUGAGACUGGCCAUAGCUUACAUCGCCCUGCUGAGAGAGAUCCUCAUGUCAGGCUGCGAUCCCAAAUCCUAUGUGGACGAGUGCAUGAAGAAUGGCUACAAGAAUCAGACCAACGCAAUUUGGAACACAAGUGAUCUGACAGCUCGCCUCUCUUGGAUAAAGUGGGAUUAACUGAGGAACAUGGGGCACCCUGAGUGUAGAGACUGCAGUGGGGAGGAGGUUCAGGUUUGUCCCUCCCUUUUCUCUCUACAUGUCAAAGACAAGCUGGCCGGCCCGGCAUGACAGACCCCAACCGGUCGACAUCUGCAGACUUCUCAGAGGGUCACACACCUCAGGCUUUCUCAACCCCAUCCACUCCCUCGUCCUCUGCUGCUUUUAAUAUUCUAAUUUAUUGUUGACUGGUAAUUGAGAGCCAUUGUUUCUGGGGCUGGGGAGGGAAAGAUGGUUGGCAGUGUUUGCCCAAAUAGAUUGCACUUGUCACAGAGAGAGAAGAGGGGCACACUGGCAUGAGGCUGAAUGGACUCCCUAAGGGCUCAUACUUCUGCAUGUAGCGCUGAAGUGUUUUCUGGACUCUCGCUCAUUAGUCUGCGAGUCGAUGUGUUAAAAAGAGCCUUGGUCAUGUAAAUGAGACAAUGGGCGUGAGAAGCAGAACAGUGCAAUGUGUUUUAGCAUGUCAGCUGCUGUUUCCAAAGAUGGCAAUAAGGCUAGUAGUGUAUACUGUUUGUUUCACAUGCAACACUCCAUCAUCUGUUGUGUUAUUUAUUCUUUUUUAUUUAUUUAUUUAUAAUUAUUUAUGACAAGAUUCUUGCAUUACUUCUUUGUAAAAAAAAUGUGAUUAUUUAUUCUGUGAUGUAAUUGCUGUGUUUAUUGUGAUUAACUUUAAUCUGUUACUGGGGUCAGUCAACCACCUGUACACCUAUACAUCACCUCUUUCUUGGCCUAACCUAUUGUCCGUGAUUUAUUUCUGUUAGCUUCAUAGAUGACUCAAACUCACACUUAAAUUUGGGUGGAUAUAUAUUUGUGUUCAUGCCAGAGGACUUUGUUUAACCAAUUUCUUAUUACACAUAAAUGUAGUCAACACUUUAGGACAGUAAGACCAGGUGCUGCAGAGCAGUGCUUACCACUGGAGUGUUACAGGUGUCAUUCCUCAGUGAGAUUUAUUCACAGUCUUAAAGGUCCAGUGCGUAAGAUUUAGGGGGACAGAAUAUGGCAGAAAUUGAAUAUAAUAUUCAGAACUAUGUUUUCAUGAGUGUAAAAUAUGAGAAUUAUGAGAAUAUAAAUAAGAAUUGUUAUGUGUUCGUUUUGUUAAAAUUAGCCCUUUUUAUCUACAGAGGGGUAGAUCUGCAUGUUCAGUUUAACCAGAAUGGACAAACACUGGAUUUUCACAGCCACUGUAAAUUCUCCUUCCCACUUAGUAAAGAAGGGUAAAUCGAGCAGUAUUCAGUCGGUUGCAGUCUGCAAGUUUGCCACAAGAUGGCAUUAAAUAGUACACAGUGGACCUUUAAACUACUGCUGUGCCGAAGGACAAAAUCCUGCCAACCCUCAAAGUCACUUUCAAACAGGACAAAUGAUUUUCAUGUAUAAGUUCAAAAGGAAAUAAUAAGAAUAAAAAAAUCAA